AUGCAAUGUGACACAAUUCAAUUCGCCCCCAGACUGACGAUGGUGACAAUCAGCGAGUCCGAGCGCGAAGGUUUCGACGAUGUGCUGGGCAGCGGCGGCAUCUUCCGCAAGUUGCUGACCACUAAUACGGACGGCAUCCAAGCAGAAUUCGGCGAGGAAGUGGGCGUCAAGUACUCGACGUGGGUACUUAAAUCCGGACAGAAGGUAGCGGUGGAUGAAGCCCGCAAGUUCCGCAUCGGAGACGGUGAGGUGAUGCCGGCGCUUGAGCUGGUUGCCAAGAUGAUGCAUGUGGGGGAAGUGUGUGAGGUGCGCUGUGACGCUCGCUUCGCCUACGGAGACGUUGGGCUAGAGCCCCACGUGGCUCCAGGAGAUGAUAUCAAGCUUGUGGUGGAGCUUUGCCGCGUAGGCAAGAAGAUCACGGCUGAAAUGAGCUCCCAGGAGCUGAUUGUAGAGGCCACACAGAAGAAGGAGAGCGGCAAUCGCUACUUUAAAGAGAAGAACUACGAACAGGCUGCUAAACUGUACAAGCGUGCACUUAAACUACUGGAAACGUGGGAGCAUUCCGAAAAAGACGCUGCUCAAUGCAAAGAGCUGCUUAUCGCAUUGGGCAACAAUGUGGGCAACGUGCAACAUAAGCUGAAACAGUACAAAGAGGCACGACAGUCGAGUCUCGAGGUCUUGCAGCUGGACGGGAAGAACGUGAAGGCUAUGUAUCGUAUUGGCCAAAUCGCGCUGGACCAGAACGAGUUCGAUGAGGCCAACAUGUUUCUGCGUAAGGCGCUUGAGAUCGAGCCAAAGAACGCCAAAGUGCGGCAGUUGUUAGUGCAACUUAAGAAGAAGAAACGCGACCAAAAGGCGCUAGAGAGGAAGCUGUACGCGAAGCUUGGCGGCAACAACGCCGCCGAGACCGCCGAGACGGGGAAGAUCGCUGCGCUACUGUCGAAGAUCCGACAGAACCCGGCGAUUCUCGCCGCCGUGGUGACCGUAAUCAUCGCCAUCCUCAUGUACGUGUAUGUCGGAAAGCCGAACUACGAGAUCAGCGAUGAACCCAUUAUCGCUGCGAGUAAUGACGAUGAUACUGACUAGUAAAAACGUUUCAACACUUCGGAAGAAUUUCAACGAAAAAUAAAAACAGUGUUGAAACAAUGAUGCGCUCCAAAAUGUUUUCUAUCAACGUAUCUACAC